AUGGACAGCAAAAUUUCCCUUCCGCCUUAUAGCGAUGAAGGUCAUUUCACUCCCAAGACCCAUGUUGCGCCUCGGCCAUCAGUUUGGAGAAGUCUCAUUCGAACACUUCUCAUGCUUGUCGCCAUCUUUUCUUGUGCCAGUACUCUUUGGACCUUGAGCGAUCAUAUGGAAUCAGGAAGAUCACCUUGGAGUAUCUUACAAAAAACUAUGUUCGAUAAAACUAUCAACUUAUUCGGCAUGGCAUAUCAUCUUGAUUUUUAUUCUUUCAACGAUUCAAUUCUUAUGGCACCAAGUGAUUCACUUUGUUGGCCAGAAACACAACAUUUACCACCUCGUUCAAGGUUAGGAAUCUCAGCGGAUGAAGCCUUUGCACUUGAUUCACUUUGUCUUCCUCAUUACGUUGCUACUCUUGGUCAUUUUAUGGAAACUUCUGGAUUGGAAACCAACUCUAACGCUCGUCAGCAGAUGUACCUCACUCUAGCACAUAGCUGGGUAGGUCGGCUUUUCGGAGCAUCUCCCAAUUCUUCGCCGCUCCCUGUACCGCCCAUAGUUCAUCAUCCUGCUUCGAAGAGCUCGAUCUACACAAGUUGGUGGCUCAUGAAUCCAGGGUUCACCUUAAAAUCGGCUUUGCAUAGUGGCCUUGAGGAAAUCGGACGUCGAAUCACUGGAUCCCCAAGCUCUUUCAUGAGUAACCCUCACAGGCAUUCGAAUUCUCCGUCUGCUGUUGCUGCUUCACAGCGGAAUUUGAUGAUCGAACGGCUUUCAUCAUUAUUCAACCUGGGAGGAAUUUAUGUAACGGAAAAUGUCGAUUGUCUUCGUCCUUACAAGGAUUGGAUCCUAUGGAAUGACAUUGAAGCUGGUGGUGAUGGAAGAUGGGCAGGUGGUCGAGCUCACCAUGUACCUUCUGCCGCAGCUGCUAGUCGUGCAGCUCCUAGCUUUGUGGUAGGAGUUCAAACAACUGUUUCUGAUUCUCAAACAAAUUGGGCAAGCAAGCAUUCAAGACCUCUUUCACUUUCGGAUUUAGCUUUUGCUUCGUCACCCGGACACCCAAUUGUACUUGAUAUGAUUCGAAGAAUCGCAAAGAGUGAGGCCGAGCCCGCUACUGCUUUAACUGACUCUGUUUUACAAUAUAUCACCAUCAUGACAGAAGGAAAUGUACAUUGGACUGAUUUGAGGGAUGUACCACCAGAAGGUUUGAGAUUUGGUGAUUUGUUACUCUUAUCUAAAGAUACCUUUGAAACAGAUGUUGGAGUAAUCAGUACCAAAAGAUCUCAAAUCAAUCGACUGUCUUGA